AUAGUCAUGUGACUGGUUUGUUGGCAAUCAACUGCACCGAGACCGAGCUCCAUCAUUUCAUUACGGCAACAAGCGGACGUUUGUCCUGUGUAAUUUCCCCGUCCCCCUUUAUCCACCUCUCCGCCAUGGACGAGACGAGCCCGUUAGUCUCUCCUCUUCGCGACUCCAACGAUUUCAACUACGGUCCCGCCGAGCCGACCAGUCCCCGGGGCGGAUUUGGAGGCACGCCAGGCUCCGUGGUUCGUCUGGCGGCGGGGAGUCCCGGGCGCAGUCGGGAGCGACAGCCGCUGCUGGACCGGGAUCGAGGCGCGUCUCCCCGUGACCCGCACAGAAACGAGUUCCCGGAGGAUCCGGUGUUCAAUGAAGUCAUCCGGAGGGCAGAGCGGGCCAUCGAUGAGGGCAUCUAUCCGGAGCGGAUCUAUCAGGGCUCCAGCGGGAGCUACUUCGUCAAAGAUUCAACAGGGAAGAUCAUCGGGGUCUUCAAACCAAAGAACGAGGAACCCUACGGGCAACUGAACCCCAAGUGGACCAAAUGGCUGCAAAAGCUGUGCUGUCCGUGCUGUUUCGGCCGGGACUGUCUGGUUCUCAACCAGGGUUAUCUGUCAGAAGCCGGAGCCAGUUUAGUGGACCAGAAACUAGAACUCAAUAUUGUUCCACGCACCAAGGUGGUGCAUUUAGCGAGUGAGACGUUCAAUUACAGCGCCAUCGACCGCGUAAAGUCCAGAGGAAAGAGGUUAGCUUUGGAAAAAGUCCCCAAAGUCGGCCAACGAUUCCAUCGGAUUGGCCUGCCACCAAAGGUCGGCUCAUUCCAGCUUUUUGUUGAGGGCUAUAAAGAUGCCGACUUCUGGCUACGGCGGUUCGAGGCCGAGCCUUUACCUGAAAACACCAAUCGCCAACUGCAGCUACAGUUUGAGAGACUUGUAGUGCUGGAUUACAUCAUCAGAAACACAGAUCGAGGAAAUGAUAACUGGCUCAUAAAGUAUGACUAUCCCAUGGAUACGUCAAGCAACAGGGACAGUGAUUGGGUAGUAGUGAAGGACCCCAUUAUCAAACUGGCAGCCAUUGAUAAUGGCCUGGCUUUCCCUCUUAAACACCCGGACUCGUGGAGAGCUUACCCUUUUUAUUGGGCGUGGCUCCCUCAGGCUAAAGUUGCGUUUUCCGAAGAGAUCCGGAAUUUAGUGAUUCCCAAAUUAUUGGAUCCAAACUUCAUCAAAGAUCUCGAAGAAGACCUGUAUGAGCUUUUUAAGAAAGACCCGGGUUUCGACAGGGGACAGUUCACGAAACAGAUCUCUGUAAUGAGGGGGCAGAUCCUCAAUCUGAGUCAGGCUCUGAGGGACGGUAAGACUCCGCUGGAGCUGGUGCAGUUGCCGCCCGUUAGCGUGGAGACCGCCCUGGCACCGCAGCGAGCCAACAGCGAAUCGUACACGCAGAGCUUCCAAAGCAGAAGACCCUUCUUCACCUGGUGGUGAUGGGCACUGUUGUGUGUGGGUGCGACAUUUAGAAUCAUUUCCUUUUUGACAUUGGAAACACUGAUUUCGGGAACAAUGAGCGUUGAAACGAAUGAGAGAAACAUUUUGUCCCCACACACAAAAUUCUGGAGGAGAGCAUUGCUGACUAUAACACUGUACGGAUACGCACACAAGCCUUCAAUAUGACAUGCAUGUCAAUAAGAAGAUGGAGAAACUUUCUGCUGUAGUUAAACUUUGAUUCUCGACUGCUUUAUCGCCCUCUUCAGCACUGGAAGAGGAACUACCACUCAAUGAUAGUCCAAUAGCAUCAAAGUGCACUGCGUCCAAUAAAACACAGAUGUACUGUGUACUUCAAUUUCUGUUUAGUUUUUCUUUGUCGAUAAAUCACUCAUAUUCGGCUCCCUUGCCAUAUAACAGCCUUUUUUGCUUAUUUUAUUUUUCUACUUUUUGAUGUGCAUGCGUCCGAAGAUGAGCCAGGUGUGGUGCUGAAAAAUGACUCCUGCCAAAUUAUGACUCCCCCAUUCCCCACUAACAUUAGGUGUUAGGAUUAGGUGCAGGGUUAGGAUUAGCUAAUCCCCCAGCAAUUUCAAUGAGGCGACUGGUAAUCUGGGGAGGGAGUCAAAAUUCAGCACAACACCGGCGCUCAAUUGAGCAUGUGCAGAAACACUAGAACGUGUCAUUCUCACAGUGAUGAAAUUCUUUAUCGUUUUGCUUUCGUUCCAAAAUGAAGAUAUUGUAAUUAUUUAAAAAUCUAUUUACAGGGGUCAGCAAGAUGACCUUAAAACGUGACCAUGGACUGUAUAAUUUGUAUGUAAUGUAUUUAAUAACAGAUGCUAAAGCUAACAGUGCCGUACUCAAUAAAAGACGAGAC